AUGGAUCCUGUCGAUGUCGUUGCUCAUGAAGAGCGCAAGAAGUCACUGUAUAACAACAGAUGGCGACAUCUCUUGCAUAACCCGAAGCUUAUGGUCAUCGCCUUCUUUGCCUCAUUCGGCGGUUUUGAAUAUGGCUACCAACAGGGCGUCCUCGGCCAGUCUCUCGUUAUGUACCGUUUCAAGGAUAACUUUCCGUCUGUGGUCGAGUCCUCCAGCGCCACAGGUUGGUUGACAUCGGUGCUCCAACUUGGUGGGAUUACGGGUUCUUUGUCUGCAGGUAUUCUGGGAGAGGUCUUUUCAAGAAAGUACACCAUGUUCAUGGCUUGCUGCUGGGUGGUGCUCGGCAGUUAUCUCUACGUUGGCGCAACCUACCACAACCCCUCGCUCCUCUACGCCGGGAGAUUCUUCACUGGGAUCGGUGUGGGCACCUUUAGCGGUGUUGGCCCACUCUACAAUGCCGAGCUAGCAUCAUCCGAGCUCCGAGGCUUUCUUGUAUCGUUCUACCAAUUUGCCACUAUAUUGGGUAUCAUGCUGUCCUUCUGGUGUGGAUACGGAAGCAACAACAUUGGCGGAAUUGGUGAAACCCAGUCCAACCUCGCCUGGCAAAUACCGUCCAUCAUCCAGGGUAUCCCGGCUGCCAUACUGAUGCUGGGAAUAUGGUGGCUGCCGUUCUCUCCGAGGUGGCUCGUCAAGAAGGGCAGAGACGAGGAGGCUAUCAAGACACUGUCCUACCUGCGCAAACUCCCGACCGACCACCCCUUGGUCGACAUUGAAUACAAGGAGAUCAAGGCCGAAACAUUGUUUGAACAGCGCGCAUUUGCCAAGAAUUUCCCGAACCUCGCGGAGAGGGAGAAGCAGAGUGUCAUUAUGCGCGAGUUGGCACAAUACUGGCACAUUCUUCGCAAAUGGGACGCCUUCAAGCGUGUCGCAACGGCGUGGCUCGUCAUGUUCUUUCAACAGUGGUCGGGAAUCGAUGCCAUUAUUUAUUACGCGAGUAACGUCUUUGAGGAUUUAGGUCUUACUGGCGGUACAACCGCACUUCUUGCCACUGGCGUUACUGGGGUGGUGUUCUUCGUAUCGACUCUCCCAGCCAUGCUUAUCAUAGACAAAGUGGGCAGAAAGCCAAUGUUGAUUGCCGGGUCCAUUGCCAUGUGGAUAUUCAUGGUCAUCCCAGCCAUUAUCGUUGCGAAAUUCAGACACGAUUGGCCUUCUCAUGUAGUUGGAGGUUGGACUGCUGUGGUUUGCAUUUGGCUCUACACUGGUUCCUUCGGUGCCACCUGGGGUCCAGUGAGUUGGACGCUGGUAUCUGAGAUUUUCCCGUUGUCCAUUCGAUCAAAGGGAGCGGCUUUCGGGGCAUCUAGUAACUGGGUGAACAACUUCGCAGUCGCCUUUUUCGUCCCACCUAUGUUCGAGGCUUGGGCCUGGGGCACUUACCUAUUCUUUGCAGUCUUCCUUGCUGGCGGAAUUGUUUGGGUUUGGUUCUUCCUCCCCGAGACGAAGGGCGCCACGUUGGAGGAGAUGGACCGGGUCUUCAAUAGCCGCACAGGAGAGGAGGAUGCAGUCAUGCUAGCGCAGGCUCGGGCUGAUGUUGGGCUCGACCAGCACAUGGAACAGAUGGCUGAAAAGGCGGCCUUGGGGACGGUGCAUGUGGACACUGAAACGCCAGAGGUCAGCAAGGCUUAG